CCUUUUUAUUUACAGCUUCUCUCCAAGAUAAAAUGGCAAACCCCAAAGAGAAAACUCCAAUGUGUCUGGUAAAUGAGUUAGCCCGUUUCAAUAGAGUCCAACCCCAGUAUAAACUUCUGAAAGAAAGAGGGCCUGCUCAUUCGAAGAUGUUCUCAGUGCAACUGAGUCUUGGUGAGCAGACAUGGGAAUCCGAAGGGAGCAGUAUAAAGAAGGCUCAACAGGCUGUUGCUAAUAAAGCUUUGACUGAAUCUACACUUCCCAAACCAGUUCAGAAACCACCCAAAAGUAAUGUUAAUAAUAACCCAGGUAGUAUAACUCCAACUGUGGAACUGAAUGGGCUUGCUAUGAAAAGGGGAGAGCCUGCCAUCUACAGGCCAUUAGAUCCAAAGCCUUUCCCAAAUUAUAGAGCUAAUUACAACUUUCGGGGCAUGUACAAUCAGAGGUAUCAUUGCCCAAUGCCCAAGAUCUUUUAUGUUCAGCUGACUGUAGGAAACAAUGAAUUUUUUGGGGAAGGAAAGACUCGACAAGCUGCUAGACACAAUGCUGCAAUGAAAGCCCUUCAAGCACUGCAGAAUGAGCCUAUUCCAGAAAAAUCACCUCAGAACGGUGAAUCCGGAAAAGAAAUGGAUGAUGACAAAGAUGCAAACAAAUCUGAGAUCAGCUUAGUGUUUGAAAUUGCUCUGAAGCGAAAUAUGCCCGUCAGUUUUGAGGUUAUUAAAGAAAGUGGACCACCACAUAUGAAAAGCUUUGUUACUAGGGUGUCAGUAGGAGAGUUCUCUGCGGAAGGAGAGGGAAAUAGCAAAAAACUCUCCAAGAAGCGUGCUGCAACCACCGUCCUACAGGAGCUUAAGAAACUCCCGCCUCUUCCUGUGGUUGAAAAGCCAAAAUUAUUUUUUAAAAAACGCCCUAAAACAAUAGUAAAGGCUGGACCAGAGUAUGGUCAAGGAAUGAACCCCAUUAGCCGCCUGGCUCAAAUUCAACAGGCCAAAAAGGAGAAGGAGCCAGAUUAUGUUUUGCUUUCAGAAAGAGGAAUGCCUCGGCGUCGGGAAUUUGUGAUGCAGGUCAAAGUAGGCAAUGAAGUUGCUACCGGAACAGGACCUAACAAAAAGAUAGCCAAAAAAAAUGCUGCAGAAGCAAUGCUGUUACAGCUUGGUUAUAAAGCAUCCACUAGUCUUCAAGAUCAACUUGAUAAGACAGGGGAGAACAAAGGAUGGAGUGGUCCAAAGGCUGGGUUUCCUGAACCAACAAAUAACACUCCAAAAGGAAUUCUUCAUUUGUCUCCUGAUGUUUAUCAAGAGAUGGAAGCCAGCCGCCACAAAGUAAUCUCUGGCACUACUCUAGGCUAUUUGUCACCCAAAGAUAUGAACCAACCCUCAAGCUCUUUCUUCAGUAUAUCUCCCACAUCGAAUAGUUCAGCUACCAUUGCCAGGGAACUCCUAAUGAAUGGAACGUCUCCUACAGCUGAAGCCAUAGGUUUAAAAGGAAGUUCUCCUACUCCCCCUUGUUCUCCAGUACAACCUUCAAAACAACUGGAAUAUUUAGCAAGGAUUCAAGGCUUUCAGGUUCACUACUGUGAUAGACAAAGUGGCAAAGAGUGUGUGACCUGUCUGACAUUAGCCCCUGUGCAGAUGACUUUCCAUGCUAUUGGAAGCUCCAUUGAAGCCAGCCAUGAUCAGCAAAGAACCAUUCUUCAGCCAGGAGCAGGGAAUAUGAUUAUGCUGGCGUCUCUAAGAUCAAUCUAGUAGCCAGAUGCAGGAUUGACUGUGGUGGGGAAGAAAGCUUCCACAAUAGUGCUGGUUAUCUUGAUGGGUGUGUCUCUACAAAUGGCAAGAAAAACAGCAUCUCUCCCAGAGCGACAUUGCAUAAAAAGAAUCAGCAGACCUUGGUGACCAGCUGAGUAUGACAGAAAGAAGCAGAGCAAUUAAAAAUAGCUUUAAAGGCACACUACCAAUAUAAUAUGGCAGAGUGAGAGCUGGACAAUUAUUUUCAAAAAGCAAACUGGACGAAAUUAUCAAGAACAGCAAUUUUAGGACUCUGGAAAUUGACCAAAAACACUCAACAAAUUGAAAAGCAUUUAUUCACGGAAAAAUGACUGGACUUCAGGUAAGAAAAGUAGGGUCCUGUGGUGUUUCUGUCUGGAGCUGCUCCCAUGCCCCACUUUGAGGCUCAGUCAGCAUAGGAGUUCUGCAAGGGUGAGGAAAACCAUGAAAACCAGCAGUUUCACUGGAGGAAUGGCCUCACUUGAUUUAAAGUAGAAUGUGAGAAACCCUAUGCCCAUAGGCAUUGUGAAUAACAGUGGAUAUCUUGAUGGCAAACAGAUAGGAAAGGCUGGCUAAUGACUCUGUGAACCUGACGUUACAGUCUUGGUUGGAGUCAACAAUAGACAAACAGACUAGCCAGAAAUUUAUCAGGGAGAUUCAGGGAAUGAUACAGUGAUAGGGACCUUGGUAAACCACACAUAUUCCUGGCUGACCAACAGACUUCACACACCUGCAGGAGAGACCAAAGAGGGCCCAAGCUAUCUAUACAUCCCUGCUGCACAUGAAAUUCUGCACGUAUGCAGAGGAGAUGCAAGAGGGUCUGGCAGAAAGUAAAUGCCCAGGCAGACCUGAGAACUGCCAGAAAUUUGAAUGAGCUUCCCAACCCAAACACAGCUCCGUUGGCAGAGAGUAGAAGUUAUAUUGGCUUAAGGUGCUGGAGUACAAUUAAUGAUCAGUAAUUGACUAAGCUACGCAGACACAAGGGUCAUUCCUAGAAAGUCAGAUUUAAAAAUAAAAACAAAAGGAAAUUUUAAAAAACUGAGUAGAGAGAGACACAAGGAGCACAUGCCCUGGGGAGAUGGAUUGCAUACAUUUAAUCAAGCAAAUCAAUAGUGGAAAAACACCAGGAACAACAACAGCCCUGAGAGAGGAACAUCAAAAUCCAGAGUUACUACAAUAUAUAUAUGCCAUAUGUGCGUGUGUGUGUGUGUGUGCACGCGCGCGUGUGCGUGUGUAUCCAGUUUUUAACAAAAAAUUACAAGAUAUGAAAAGAAAGGAAAGGUUUACCAAUACUCAGUGGAAAGAAGCUGUGGGCCCAGAGCUUUGGACUUAGCGGAGAAAGACCUCAAAGCAGCUAUAUUAAAUAUGUUCAACUAAUGAAAGGAAGACAUGUUUGAAGAAUUAAAGAAAAACAUGAUAAUUCAACAAAUAGAGAAUUACUGAAAUGAAAAAUUCACUAGAGUGAUUCAACAACAGAUUUGAGAUGGCAGAAGAAAGAACCCAUGAACUUCAAGAUGUAUCAAAAGAAAUUAUCCAGCCUGAAAAACAGGGAAAAAAGAGUUUAAAAAUGGACAGAGCCUCAGAAACUGUGGGACAACAUCAAGCAACAUAUAAAAAGCAUUAAACACCAUUAUCAAGGUUGAUUUAACAUCUGAAAAUCACAUACUAUAUACAUCAUAUUAAUAAAGGGGAAAAAACUCAAUAAUCUCAGUAAGCACAGAAAAAGCAUGCACUCCUGAUUAAAAGCUCUGAACAAUCCAACAUCCAUUCCUGAUUAAAAGCUCUGAACAAUUUAGGAAUAGAGCAUUUAGGAACUUUCUUAACUUAAUAAAGAACAUCUAUGAAAACUCUACAACUAAUGUCAUCUUAAUGAUGAAAGACUGCAGGCUUUCCCCCCCAUAAGUUUGGGGACAAAACAAGAAUGCUUACACUAAACAUUUUUUGCUCAACAUUACACCAGAGUUUGUAGCCACUGCAAAAGGGGGUGAGGGGGAGGAAAGAGAAACAAAAGUCAUGCAACUUGGAAAGGAAGAAACAAAACUUUAUUUGUAGAUGACACGAUUAUGUAUUUAGAAAAUCCUAAGAAAUACACACACACACACACAUACACACACACCUAUUGGGACUUAAAAAUAAGUUCAUAAAGUUAUAGGAUACAAAUUAAUAUACAAAAAUCAAUUGUAUACUAGAUACAAAUAUACUAGAAACAAGCAUCCAAAAAUAAAUUUAAGAAGACAAUUUCAUCGACAAUACCAUCAAAAAUAAUAAGAUACUUAGGAAUCAAUUUAACCAAAGAAGUAUUAAGACUUUACACUGAAAACUACAAAACAUUGCUGAGAGAAGUUAAAAAUCUAAAUAUAUGAGAGAAUUCAACAUUCAUGGAUUAGAAGACCCAUUAAUGUUAAGUUGCCACUUUUCCCCAAAUUGAUCUAUAUGGUCAGGGCAAUCUCUAUCAGAAUCCCAGUAGGUUUUUGUUUUGUUUUUGUUUUUGUUCUUGUUUUUUUUUUUUUUUAGAAAUUGACAAGCUGAUCCCAACAUUUAUAUGGAAAUGCAAAGAGCCCAGAACAGUUAAAACAAUUUUGAAAAGGAAGAACAAAAUUGAAAGACUUACACUACCCAAAUUUUACUAUAAAACUACAUUAUUCUAAGUUAGCGGCAUGAGGAUACACAUGUAGAUCAAUGGAACAGAAUCAAAUGGAACAGUCCAGAAAUGAACCUUUAUAUUUAGUUCAAUCUAUUUUCCAAAGAAGUGCCAAGGAAAUUAAGUGAGAAAGGAUUGUUUUUUUAAGAGAUGGUACUAGGAAAAUUAAAUAUCCAUAUGCAAAAGAUAAAUUUAGACCCUUACCUCAACCAUAUAAAAAAAUUAACUUAAAAUGAUAAUAGAUGUAAGUGUAAAUCUAAAAAAGUAAAACUUCUGGAAAAAUCAUAAGAGAAAUUUUCAUGACCUUAGGUUAGGCCAAGAAUUUUUAGAUUCAACACCAAAACAUAAUCCAUAAAAGAAGAAAUUGGGUAAUUGGACUUUAUCAAAACUUAAAACUUUUGUGCUUUAAAAGAUACCAUUGAGAAAAACAAAAGACAAGGCACCAACUAGAAGAAACUAUUUGCAAAUCAUAUAUAUCUUACAAAUUACUCAUGCCUAUGAAUAUACAAAGAGCUCUUAUGACACAAUAAUAAGAAGGCAAUGCAAAAUGGAUAAAUGAUAUGAAUAGACAGUUCAUCAAAGAAAAUGUACAAUUGGCUAAUAAACACCUAAGAAGAUGCUCAACAUAAUUAGCCAUAGGGAAAGGCAAAGUAAAACCACAGUGGGAUACCACUUCCUACCCAGUAAGAUGGUCAUACAAGAAAAGGCAGACAAUAACAAAUGUUGACAAGAAUGUGGAAAAACUGAAACCUUCAUGGAUUGCUGGUGGGAAUGUAGAAUUGUACAGCCACUUUGGAAAAUUAUUUGGCAGUUUCUUAAGUUAAACAAAUUUUAUGACAUGAUGUAGCAAUUCCACUUUUAUAUCUGCUAAGGAAAAUUAACAUGUUUACAUGAAGACUUGUAUGUCAAUAUUCAUGACAGCAUUAUUCCUAAUAGCCAAAACCUGGAAACAAUCUGAAUACCUCCUAACUAGUGAAUGAAUAAAGAGCGAUAUAUCCAUAUAAUGGAAUACUAAUCAAUGAAAAAGAAUGAACUGAUAUACUCUAUAACAAAGAACCUCAGAAACAUGCCAUAUGAAAGACACCAGUCACAACAGACCACAUGUAGGAUUCCAUUUAUGUGAAAUUUCCGGAGAAGGCAAAUCUAUAGAGAGAGAAAGCAGAUCAAUGGUUGCCUUGGGCUGGGAAUGGGAGUGGGGAAUGAUUGCAAAUGGGCACAGUGAAACUUUUGCAGUAAGAGAAAUGCUCUAAGACUAGAUUGUGAUGAUGUUUGUAGAACUUUGUAAAUUUGUUAAAAGUUGAACAAUAGAUGAACUUUAUGGUAUAUAAAUUAUACCUCAAUAAAGAUGUUUAAAAAAAAACUUUAUAAGCUUCAAAGCCUCAGACACCAAAAGGAUUAUAAGGCCAUUUGUGAUCAUGGAAAUGUUGGUAAGCAAUCAUUUAUUUGGGCCCAGAACCUCAAGAAAUUCUCCAGCAAACUCCGUGAGGAUUAUUCUCCACUCCCUCCCCCCCCCCACCAC